AGGAGGACUUGGCAUAUCUGGGGGAGCUUGGUGGGAAAAUGCUUCUCUGGGCUAGUGUGGGUUAAAUACCCCCUUGUCCUUCUGGAUGGCCACCAAAGGGGGCAAAAAUGGCUACAAGAGUGAUGUGGACUUGCUGUUAAAAGACGAACAGUUACAGAGCCCUCCUAGGAGCCCCCAGCAUGGAGAUCGGACCAAGAAGCCCAGCGGGGACCAGCACUGGUCGGAAUGCGAGGCUCGGGUCUGGAUGUUCACACUGCUGGCGGGAACGUGCUUCCUGUACUGCGCCCGCUCCAGUUUGCCUAUCUGCGCCGUGUCCAUGAGUGAGCAGUUUGGGUGGAACAAGAAGCAGACCGGAUUAGCUCUGAGCAGCUUCUUCUGGGGGUACUGCCUGACGCAGAUCGCCGGAGGUCAUCUGAGCGACAAAGUCGGCGGGGAAAGGGUCCUCCUCGUGUCUGCUCUACUAUGGGGGCUCAUCACCAUUGCCACCCCUCUGGCCGCCCAUGCCACCACAGCGUCUCUCCACCUGGUCAGCUUUCUGCGCUUCCUAAUGGGACUAUUACAAGGAGUUCACUUCCCGGCCUUAAGCAGCGUGUUCGCUAAGCGAGUCCGUGACAAGGAGCGCGGCUUCUUCUGCAGCUUUGUCGGCUGCGGCUCCCAGUGCGGGACACUGCUGAUUGGAGGAGCUGGUUCUCUUCUUCAGGACUGGUACGGCUGGGAGUAUGUUUUUUAUUUUGCCGGAUUCCUCGCCCUGGCCUGGACCUACUGCCUGGGCACCUACAUACUGAAGGAGAAAAACAAAUUUUUGUUCUCUGACCUGAGCAGAAGCUUCACUACAUCGGCCAAGACCAACAUACCCUGGAGACACCUCCUGAAGAAGGCUCCCGUCUGGGCUGUGAUAGUCGGGCAGGUCAGCGUAGCCAGCAGCGCCUUCACCCUCUUCUCUUGGGUGCCAAUCUUCUUCAAGAAUCGAUUCCCCGAGUCCAAGGGCUUGGUAUUCAAUGUAGUGCCUUGGCUCAUUGCCAUUCCAGCUGCUUUAAUGAGCGGCCGCCUAACAGACCACCUCAUUAAAACAGGAUAUAAACCCAUCUUUGUGCGGAAGCUCAUGGAGGUUAUAGGAAUGGGAAUGUCCAGCAUCUUCAUCUUCCUGCUGGGACAAUCUGGAAGCUUCAGCCAAGCCAUGGUCUUUAUCUCAGUGGCAGUGGCCCUGCAAACCUUCAACCAUAGCGGCUUAACCAUCAACAUUCAGGACCUUGCUCCAUCCUGCUCUGGAUUCCUGUUUGGAGUGGCCAACACCGGCGGCUCUGUGUUUGGAAUCCUCUGGGUCUACCUCUCUGGCUACCUCCUUGACGUCACCGGGUCUUGGGAUUCCAUGUUCCACCUGCUGGUUGCUGUGAAUGUGUUGGGUCUACUCUUUUAUCUGGAGUUUGCCAAAACUGAGAGGAUGGACAUCGACAGCGCUCUUCCUGUCCUCAGGAUCUAGAUGUUGAAGAACCGUCCCCUUAUCCUGGAGGUGGUC